AGGAGAUGGACUGUACUUGAGAAAGUGAGCUGAAAAGACCGAUUUUCACGUGAAAACCGCUCGUUCGAGUAGUUCAGGUUGAUUUAGUUAAUAUAUCCGUACAGUCUGACGCAAGUUGACGCGGUUGGCUUGAGUUUUGUUGUGUCGUCGUGUUUCUGCCAGAGGUGGUAUGAAGGCUCACAGCAGUAAGGUCGGAGUGUUUGUCCGGAUCAGACCAACGGCUAACUUCUCCAAAGACCUCAUUGAAUGUCUUCCUGACGGACAGACAGUAAACAUCCAUCACAAGAAAGACUCCAGGAGGCCCCAGGACUCCAGAAAAAGUCAGCUGAGCUCAUUCCGGCUGGAAGGCGUCCUGCAGGAUGUAUCCCAGGGGGAGUUGUACGCCAGAGUGUGCCAACGGGUGGUACUGGGAGCACUGGAUGGCUAUAAUGGUACUCUGAUGUGUUUUGGGCAGACGGGUGCAGGAAAGACCUACACCAUGACGGGAUCCACAGAAUCAUACAAGCAGAGAGGAAUCAUUCCUCGGGCCCUUCAAGAAGUGUUUCAGGAAGUGGAGAACAGGACUGAGCACGCUUUCUCUGUUUACCUGUCCUACCUGGAAAUCUAUAAUGAGACCUUGGUGGACCUGCUGUCAUCGCUGCAAGGCUCACCACACCCGUCUCCCCGUGGUAUGGUGGUGAGUGAGGAGCCGGGCAGAGGGGUGUUCAUCAGAGGUCUGUCUAUUCACCCUGUCCACAGUGAGGAGGAGGCUCUUAACCUGCUGUUUGAGGGUGAGAUGAAUCGCAUUAUUGAAUCUCAUGCCUUGAACAGGAACUCCUCCAGGUCCCACUGUAUCUUCACUGUGCAUAUAGAGUCCCGCUCACGGACUCUGUCUGAUGCUAAGUACAUCACCUCCAAGCUGAAUCUGGUAGAUUUGGCGGGGUCAGAGAGGCUGGGAAAGACCGGGUCAGAGGGUCGGAUGUUCAAGGAAGCCAUGUACAUCAACAAGUCGUUGUCUUUCCUUGAGCAGGCCAUCCUGGCCUUGGCGGACCGCCGCAGAGACCACGUUACCUUCAGACAGACUAAACUCACUCAUGCCCUCAAAGACUCACUGGGAGGGAACUGCAACACUGUGCUUGUGGCCAACAUCUACGGUGAGGCUGCACAGAUAGAAGAAACACUCUCUACUCUGCGGUUUGCCAGCAGAAUGAUGUGCGUUAGGACAAGUCCUGCUGUUAAUCAACAUAUGGAUCCAGCUGCUCAGAUCAAGAAACUUAAGAGGGAUGUACAGAUGCUGAAAGGGGAACUGUCCAUCUGCAACACAUUGGUGAACAGACCGAACAUCCCGUAUGAGUCGUCUAAGGCCCAGCAGGCUGAGAUCCACAGCCAGGUUCAGAGGUACCUAGAGGGAAGCCUGGAGGAAAUCAGUAUCAUAAGUAUCAGGCAGGUCCACGCAGUGUUUGCCCAGUUCAAGCUUGCUGUGCAGGAACAGGAGCAGAAGGUGAAGGCUUGGUUAUGUCAGACCUACAACUUGGUGGAGAUAGACCAAUGUGCUAAGACAGCUGAUAUCAAGGAGUGGGACACCAGAGGCAGCACUGAAGAUGUGUCUGCGCAGCCACUGAAGAAUGCCCAUCGCCCAAGUUCAAUCAAAGGCAAAACUAAAAGGUUUAAGGCCAAAGAGAGCCAAAGCAGGAGGGGAGGAGAGGGGAGUCCAGUUUCAUGGAAGGGUUUGGAGAGUGCCUCCAAAUCAAAGCUGAGUUCUGUCCAGAUUCCUAAACGGGAACAGGAGUCACAAGAACCAGACACAGAGAGCCAGGACACACAGGAGUCAGAGAGCCAGGACACACAGGAGUCACAACCACCUGGCAAUGAACCCUUCCACCCUGACUUGCUGUCUCUGCCCAGCUCUACUCUUACCAAAGCAGAAGCCUUUGAGGAUUUUAAAGUGGGACGAGGCAGCAAGCUCAACCGCAUCCUUAAGGAGAACAAGGCCGUGCUGCUGGAACGCCGCAGUCUUCUUCAACAGCUAACUGAGGAGGUCAACGCUGUCAAGAGAGAGAUGGACUGCACCGCGGCCACCAUACAGCAGCACAAGGAGACGAGAGGAGGCCAAGGUCAGUAUUUGGUUAUGGAGGGGGAGCCAGAUGCCACUUCAUUGAAGCAGCUCAGUGAUCUGAAGGCCCUUUACCGGCAGAGAUAUGAGGUGCUGCGUGACAUCAAGGCAGAGAUCAACUACUGUCAACACCUUGUGGAUCAGUGCAGGGUGCGUCUGCUAUCAGAAUUUGACAACUGGUAUAAGAAGUCUUUCCUGGUACCCGAGGAGGAGCUGGAGAGGUCUAUGGAUAAGACGCUUGAACAAGAGGAUAACCAGCUGCCUUAUGAGCUUCUUCCUGAGAACUCCAGCUCUGAGUCCUUCUACAACGCCCGCUACAGAACUCUGAAAAGGAGGGACAGGGCGCUGUCCUUUACUCCAGUACAGGGGAACUCGUCUUCAGGGUCUGGACAGAGAAGACUUCCUCCAAUUCUACCUAUUAGUUAAUAGUUAAGUGUUACGUGGGCACGGCGGUUUCCAGGCUGCGGCGGCCCUGCCUCAGUUUGCGCUUGUUGCUGUACAGGGCCAUCUCCUCCAGGGCUGAGGUGGCAGGCAGCGGUGCGGGUACCUCGGCCUCAGGGCUCGCAGCGGGCACUAGACAACAAAAGACAGAACAACUUCAGUAACACAUCUAUCAAGCUGCAGUUCAGCUUCUUCUUACAUGACAAUAACUCCACAACGGCAGCUGUGAAGAGGAAGAAAGAUGAAGGCAACUGGACAGAAAAUCCCUGUAGAGCAUUGCCUGAGAAGCCCCACAUUCAGCAGCUGGAAACAAGCAGAAAACUAUCGCCACCAGUGACUGCACGUUUACACUUCAAUGGAACUCAUUUGCACGUCCUUCGUUAAAAAAAUGUUUUCACUUAGUGUUUACACGCACUUAAGGAUGGUGUUAUGUUCGGCUUCUUCUGUAAGCUGAUUUCUUGGCCGUGUAUAUAUACACACACUUAACAGGGUUGCUUAUUGGAAUUGUAUGUGAUGUAUGUGCCGGCUAAAGACUUCUGACAGAAGGUAACGCUGCCAGCAGCCUGGGUGAUGAACAUAUUUGCAUACUGGUUGAAGUGAAUAAAUAUAUACUGCCUGUAUGAGAGCUUACAUUAUUGGAAGGAAGUAAAGGCUCUUAUUGUAGCGUCAAUAAAGGAGCUGUCAAAUA